AUGUUGUACUUCUCAGCCUUCAGACAUGAGAAAAAGUUCUUCUGUUCAAGACAGAAAACUACAACCAAGCAAACUUUGACAUGUUUCAAGUGCGCUAGGCUCAAUUCUGAGAGGAUUUGUGAGAAAGAAGAAAGUUGCUGUAAGGCUAACCCUGGUGAGAAGUGCGCCUCACUUCUAGUGCUCGAAGGUGGCAAAGUCAAGUUUGGAGUCCAGAGAUGUGCUAACAUUUGCUUCAAUGGGAUUGUUAAGAAUGGAAAUAAGACAAUGAAAAUGAACUGUUGCAAUGACAAGUCUUACUGCAAUAGCCUGUAAACCUGAUGCUUUACACUAUUGUACUUUAAGUGAGCCCUCACCCCUUCCCUGUGCUCCUGCAGCCUCACCGCUCAAGCCCUGACACCUGCAUGUACUUGACACCAGCUGUUGACAUCACAAUGUUCUACUUCCUCCAACCAGGGCAUACUUGUCUUGAUAAUCCAUUCAAAUUUCAAAUGGGUUAGCAGCUUAAACCAAUGGUUAGGCCAAAGAUGUCUACCCCAAUCAUCUCUGCAAGUGGUCUCACAGGCACACUCAGACUUGUGCUUGAUGAAUCUGUUAGACAUCCUUUGUACCAUCAAGUGA